CUCAUCCGACUAUAAGAUGGGCACCCCGGUUGCCGCCUCCCUCCCCUCCCCACGGCGCCAAAGCCACAAACCCGAGUUCCUCUGCUCCCCCGAGCAGCCGACACAGAGUGGUCUCCAGAGCACUCCCCAUGGCGACGGGAGCUGCGACGGCCCCCGUUCAGACUGUGGUGCUGAGGGUGUCCAUCCACUGCCAUGGCUGCAAGAAGAAGGUCCGGAAGGUGCUCAAGAGCGUCGAAGGUGUGCAGAGCGUGACGGUGGACGCCGCGCAGCACAAGGUGACGGUGACGGGCACCGUCGACGCCAACACGCUCGUCCAGAGGCUGCACAAGUCCGGCAAGAAGGGGGUGCCGUGGCAGUACUGCCACCCGCCCGCCAACAAGACCGAGGCCGCGCCGGCGCCGGAGGCAGCUCCGCCGGCGCAGCCUGCCGGCGACGGCGGCAAGGAUGCUGCUGCGAAAGCGGCGGACAAGAAACCGGAGGAGGCGGUGAAGGAGCCGCAGGUCGAGAGCUCCGAGAAGAAGCAGCCUAAGCAGGAGGCCGCGGGCACGGAGAAGAAGGCGGAAGCAGAGCCGAAGGCGGAGAAGAAAGCGGAAGCAGAGCCGAAGGCGGAGAAGAAAGUGGAGGCGAAGAAGGACGGCGGCGACAGCGAGGCAGCUGAGACCAAGGCCAAGGGCGCAGAGCCAGCAAAGGAAGAGGCGAAAGAAGCCGCCGCCGCCGCCGCUAAUGCCAAGAACGAGGACGCGGCAAAGAAGAACGACAAGCCCAAGGACGCCGGCAAGCCGGAGCCCGUCGCCGUGACGUCGGAGAGGUCCCUGCCUCAGCCUGCGCCCCCGCCGCCGGCUCCCAAGUACGCGUACGAGGAGGAGUACCGCUACCCCUACUACGCGCCGGCGCCGCAGCCGGUGAUGAGCUACCACGCGGCGCAGCCGAGCGCGAGCGUCUCCUACUUCGCGCCGCAGCCGCAGGCGGCGUACUCCGCGCACCAGCCGCAGCCGCAGCCAAUGCGGCAGUGGUCGCCGUCGUACCUGUACGUCCCGUACCCGCACGCGGCGGCGGAGCCGUACCACCAGGACUACUACAGCCCGCCCGGGAUGCACGCGUCGCCGCCGCCGAUGCAGGACUCGUACCGCAUCUUCGACGACGAGAACCCCAACUCCUGCAGCGUCAUGUGAGGGUUCGCCGGCCCGCCGCCGUGCCGGGCUUCCGUUCCGUGGCGUGGGCAGGUAGUUGGGGGAGGCGGCGCCGCAACCGCAAUAGAGACGGAGACCUCUCUGUGGUUGUAGGUAGAGUAACCUGUAUUACUCUCUUCCACUAAGAGGUCAAACCUCUCUCCAUGACAGGGCCUCCAUAGUCCAUUUUCUUCACUAUCCUUUUUACUGUUCUAAUCAAGUAAUUAGAGCAUGAAAAUUGUAAUGAGAUACGUACGCCUUUACUUGUAGAUGAUUUCCACUGCGUCUGUGCCGGCUACUAGAGUUUUGUACGAGCUACCACUAAUACAUACCAAGACAGAUCAUCAUAUUACUAAUCUAGUAGUAAUUUUAUA